UGCCGGUCCUUAACUGUGUUAGCAGGCAGGUCCAGCCGGACCGGGCUUGGAGUCUGGAUCCCUCAAGGGACAAGGGAAGUCCGGGAGAGGGCACCGGAGCUGAGCAGCCCGAGCCUUGCUCCCGACCGGUGUGUGAGCCCGCUGACCGUUGUAGAUCUCCCCCGUACCCGGCCCUAUUGGAGCCCGCACAGCUCUCCCUCCGAGAGACGGAAUACUGCAGCCCGUACCCCCUGCACCCCGCACCCAGCAGCAGCGCCCUACUGGUGGCCACCAUAGACAUUAGCAGCCCGCCUGCAGUGCAGGCAGCCCUGGACUCUUCCGACUCCCCUGCACCGGGUGCCCUGAUAGUGACCGGAGCGGGGGCAGCAGGCAGUGGGCACGAUGAUGAGGACAAGAUGAGCCAAGACAAGAAGAAGAAGAACACCAGCAACCGGAUUAUGUUGGUGAAGAAGAUCCUCAUGAAAGAUGGGGUCACGCAGCAAGGUUUCGGAAGACCAAGUGUGUAUCAUGCUGUGGUGGUCAUCUUCCUUGAAUUUUUUGCCUGGGGUCUCUUGACGACACCAAUGCUAGUAGUGCUGCAUGAAACAUUUCCUCAGCAUACGUUUCUAAUGAAUGGUCUCAUUCAAGGAGUAAAGGGCUUCUUAUCAUUUAUGUGUGCUCCCCUCAUUGGUGCUUUAUCAGAUGUUUACGGUAGAAAGUCUUUCCUCCUUGUAACCGUUUUCUUUACUUGUGUCCCUAUCCCAUUAAUGAGGAUAAGCCCUUGGUGGUACUUUGCUAUGAUAUCAGUUUCCGGAGCUUUCGCUGUUACAUUUUCUGUUAUUUUUGCCUAUGUUGCCGAUAUAACAGAGGAACAUGAGCGAAGUACAGCAUAUGGCCUGGUGUCCGCUACAUUUGCAGCAAGUUUGGUGACCAGUCCAGCAAUUGGAGCUUACAUAUCUACAUUCUAUGGUGAUAAUUUAGUAGUUCUCCUUGCCACCGUGGUAGCACUGCUAGACAUCUGCUUUAUCUUGUUGGUCGUACCAGAAUCACUACGUGACAAAAUGAGACCUAGCUUCUGGGGAGCGCCGAUUUCCUGGGAACAGGCUGAUCCAUUUUCUUCACUGAAAAAGAUUGGAAAGGACACCACCGUGCUUCUCAUUUGUAUCACAGUAUUCUUCUCCUACCUGCCAGAGGCUGGACAGUAUUCCAGCUUUUUCCUCUAUCUCAAGCAGAUUAUAGGAUUCAAUCAAAGUAGUAUUGCUGCUUUCAUAGCAGUGGUGGGAAUUUUGUCCAUUGUGGCUCAGACCGUGUUUCUCAGUAUACUGAUGAGAUCAAUAGGAAACAAAAAUACUGUUCUCCUUGGGUUGGGCUUUCAAAUGUUUCAGCUAGCUUGGUAUGGCUUUGGCUCGCAGCCAUGGAUGAUGUGGGCAGCUGGUGCUGUAGCUGCAAUGUCUAGUAUCACAUUCCCUGCAGUAAGUGCUCUAAUUUCCCGCAACGCUGAAGCAGAUCAGCAAGGUGUUGCACAAGGUAUGGUGACUGGUAUUCGAGGUUUAUGCAAUGGUCUGGGCCCAGCGCUGUAUGGCUUUGUUUUCUUUCUCUUCCACGUUGAGCUUGGAGGAUUAGUUCCGGUGCCUGGCACUGAUGACAAGACCAUCACGAAGGAUCCCACUGAGGAAGGAGCAAUCAUACCAGGACCACCAUUUUUAUUUGGAGCAGUUGCCGUUCUCCUUGCUUUCAUGGUUGCCUUGUUCAUACCCGAACACAGCAGUCGCUCCACCAAAAAUAAUGCUGGCGGGAAACACAGCAUUAGUAGCAACUCACAGACAAAUAACGCAGGCCGCAACAGUGAUGAGGACAUAGAACCACUGUUACAAGACACCAGCGUGUGACUGUUUCUUCCUUGAUGUCACCUUGAGGUGGAAACUAAGCGAAUGUACCAAAUUCUGCUGAAGAAAAUGACCAGAAAAACAAAAA